GAACCAACGUCUUACUCACCUUUGUUUAACUCCAGUGUAGGCAGUAAGAGUUUGUCAAUCCUGAGUUUGCUUGAUAACCCCGAGUUAACUCUGAGUAGGUUGAACUCCCUUCGUAGUACAGGCCUCUUAUCUACGUUUUCUGUAAAGUUUCUUUUCUUAGAAGCAUUUUCUGAGCAACAAGAGAACUAAUUAACCUACUAUAAACUGGUGAGAAACCAGCAGCAGCGCGCGGCGGCUUUAAGACAAUCCGGGCAUCUCUUCAGGUCUGUGGAUGACAUCAUUGAUAUUGUCAAUGGUGUAAACUGAGAGAGGUCUGGGUGGUGGUGUGUGAGGAGGGAGAGAGAAAGAAGAGAGAGAGAAGGACCUCAGCGUCUGGUUUCGGCGUUUUCACUCCUCCCCCCCCAUCCAAAAAAAAAAUCGUGACAGUGAAUAUCAUCCCGAGUCGCAGGGCUCGGGCCGCCUCGGAUCAGCUGUUUUUAUUUGGGUCUUUUUCUUUGGGAGUCGGGGGAUUGGGAUGGGGGGAUCGGGUCACAGAUCCCCGUGGUUAUGAGCCGUCCGAAGCCGCGUUGGUGCGUCGCUGUCCAGGGUCCUGAGUGAGACACAGCCGGCGGGCGACCACGGAGCCUGACACAACCCGUGAGUUGAAAAGCCCAGGAGCCAUGGAGUUGAGGGUGGGGAACAAGUACCGCCUUGGGAGGAAGAUAGGGAGCGGAUCCUUUGGAGAUAUUUACCUAGGUUCUAACAUCGCUACAGGGGAGGAAGUGGCCAUCAAACUGGAAUGUGUGAAAACCAAACAUCCACAGCUUCACAUUGAGAGCAAAUUCUACAAGAUGAUGCAGGGCGGGGUGGGAAUCCCGUCUAUUAAGUGGUGCGGGGCGGAAGGCGACUACAACGUUAUGGUAAUGGAGCUGCUGGGCCCCAGUCUGGAGGACCUGUUCAACUUCUGCUCCCGCAAGUUUAGUCUGAAAACAGUCCUGCUGCUGGCCGACCAGAUGAUCAGUAGGAUCGAAUACAUCCACUCCAAGAACUUCAUCCACAGAGACGUGAAGCCUGACAACUUCCUGAUGGGGCUCGGCAAGAAGGGCAACCUGGUCUACAUCAUCGACUUUGGCCUGGCCAAGAAAUACCGUGAUGCCCGAACGCACCAGCACAUCCCCUACCGUGAGAAUAAGAACCUUACCGGCACCGCCCGCUACGCCUCUAUCAACACCCAUCUGGGCAUUGAGCAGUCGAGGCGAGACGACUUGGAGUCUCUGGGCUACGUUCUCAUGUACUUCAACCUGGGCUCUUUGCCCUGGCAGGGGCUCAAGGCUGCCACCAAGAGGCAGAAGUAUGAACGCAUCAGUGAGAAGAAAAUGUCCACCCCAAUCGAGGUGCUCUGCAAGGGAUACCCCUCUGAGUUCUCCACUUACCUGAAUUUGUGUCGCUCCCUGCGGUUCGAUGACAAGCCAGACUACUCAUAUCUGAGGCAGCUCUUCAGGAACCUUUUCCACCGACAGGGCUUCUCCUACGACUACGUCUUUGACUGGAACAUGCUGAAGUUUGGGGCCAGCAGGAACGCAGAGGAUGGAGAGAGGGAGAGGAGGGAGGGAAAAGAGGGAGAGGAGCGAGCAGGAGGAGGCCAGAGAGGAGCUGGAGGUCGAGCUUUGCCGCCUGGUCCGAACCCUUCAGCAGCCAACAGAGUCAGGAACGAGGCAGAUGCUGCUCCCUCGAACCCGGCCACACGUGGGGUCCAGCAGUCAGAGUGUCAACCCUGUGGUAUUAUGCACUGUUCUUUUUCCCAACCCUCCGAUCCCCCUUCCUCCCCUCCCAACAGUGGGAAUCCCGUCUAUUAA